UCCCCCUCCUCCUCGAGCAGCUGCCCGGCAGCAGCACUGAAGAGUGACCGGACCAAGGGGCGACAUGAACGGGCCUCAGCUCAGCGAUCUCCCGGACGACUCAGAGCAGCUGGAUCCGCAUGUGAGCGGGCUGAGGCAGAGAGCCCUGCAGAGCAGCGAGCUGUCCGCCGUCACGAGCUUCUCCCGGGGAUUCCUCCUUAAGUUUCUACGGGCCAGAGACUUCGACGUGGAACUCUGUCUGAAGCUGUUACUGAACUAUCAGCGGUGGCGGAGGGAAAGUCCUGAGCUCAGCGGCUGUCUGUCUCCCUCCUCUGUGCUUGGCCUCCUCAGCACAUCGUAUCACGCCGUUCUACCGCAGCGGGACCAUGCAGGCAGCAGGGUGCUCAUCUACAGGAUCGGGCAGUGGAACCCCAAAGACUGGUCGGCCUUCCAGGUGUUCCGGGUCAGCCUGAUGACAUCAGAGAUCAUCUCCAUGGAGACACAGACGCAGAGGCAGGGUCUGAAGGUUAUAUUUGACCUGCAGGGGUGGAGUUUAGGCCAUGCCAUGCAGAUUAACCCUUCCCUCGCCAGAAAGAUAUCCUCUGUGCUUUCGGAAUCCUUUCCAUUGAAAGUCAGAGGAAUUCAUCUGGUCAAUGAGCCAAUGUUCUUCUGGCCGGUCUUUGCCCUGAUUCGUCCCUUCCUGCCAGAUAAGAUCAAACAGAGGAUCCAUAUGCAUGGUGCUGAUUUCCACGACAGUUUAAGUGACUUCUUCUCACCGGCCGCCCUACCUCCAGAAUAUGGAGGGGAGGGGCCUGGAAUAGAGGAGGUGUGCAGAGACUGGACCAAUCAUCUGCUUCAAUCAGAGGGGCUCCUGCAGCAGAUUGCCGCCCAUCCAACGGCUGACAUUGCCAUAAGUCAAGAAAACUCCUUGAUCUCAGAGGAAGCGGAGAAUGAACAAUACUCAGAGGAAUGACAUUUGGAGUUAUGUCCCCUCGAAGACAACUGGAAGACAUUUUUAGUACAAAUUAUAUAAUUUGUUUGCUGUGUUAAGAGAGCUGGAAAGAUGCCCAUCAGAUGGAGUUUACAUACUUUCGGAGUCUACAAGGGCCAAACUGAAAAGGUGUUGACAUCGUCAUAGACUGAAUCCUCUGAAGGAUGCAGCCCCUGAAUUGGAAUAUAGCUGUCAUCAAAACUUUCUGCCUUACUGCCUCUAAAUACUCCAUGUUGGACAUAGCAAUAAUAAACACAUGCGUAGCCAAUGAUCCAAACAGACAGAGGAUGUGUGAGGUAGCCAUCACACACAAGUGAACUAGUACUUAAAAAUACCAGCCUUACAUGUGUUGCAAGAUGUUACUGUGUGGAUGUACUAUUCAACAAUUCAAAUCUUUUUUUUCAAAUGCUUUUUUCAAAUUUUUUAUUUAUGACAUGAAAUUGUGGCAUUUUUACGAAACUAUUCUUUAAUUGCAGAAUUUCAUCAGUAAUAUAUUAAUUAGGAUUAGGUGAUGGUAGGUCAGGUGAUUCAUUGUUCAUUUGGCCCCAUUUGGAUCAACAUUAUAUGGAAGGAUGGGCAGUAUUUAUGAAACAUGUAUUUAAAAUACGUACUUGAAAUACAAAAAGUAUUUUGUAAUUUUUAUUUGAUAGGUUUGAUGAAAAUGUAUUCAUAUCUUGUAUCAAAGAUACUGAAGUGUUUUGCAUUUUUGUAGUUAAAAGAUAUUGUAAAAUACAAAUCAAUGCAAUG